GCACAAGCGUGACGUCACUAGUGAAGUUAGCUGCUACUGCGUGUUCCAAACAAACAACACUUUGUGUGUAAUUACCCAUUUGGAAAUUUUUAAACGCCUUUUUUUAAAAAAUCGUAGUGUUUUUUUAUAUGUGCUACAAUGACUCAACCAAAGCAUGUGCUAAAGUUUAGUGCAAUUGCAAAUUUAUUCUGUGAUGCCGAUGAAAGGAAGCUUAUUAAAAGAGGGGAAAAUGCCAUCGAGUCAAACCAUGUGGAAAGCUUUCAAUUCAUCGCUGAGUUGUUAGUUAUGAAAGCGAAAGUACAUGCCAGUAUGCGAAACCGUUUAUACAAUGUUGAGAUAAAUCUGGAUAAAGAUGGUGACAUUGUUGAUGUACAUUGCGAUUGUCCAAGAGGACAAUACCUAUGUCACCAUAUGGCAGCGGUUUGUAUUUAUGGGCAUCAUAACAUCUCCAUAACUGAUGUGGGGUGUUCGUGGAGUGCAAAAAAGAAACUCGAAAAAGCACAAAUCAAAACAAUAGAAAAUUUCUAUAAGGAAGGUAAUCAUCAUUCUACAACCAGAGAACUGACAGAUGACGAAAUAGCCAUGUUUCGUGCACAGCUACAAAAAACAGGGACUGCUGUAGGAUUUUCGUGGCUAUUAAGUCCUGAACCAGUGUCAGAGGGAAGUUUACUUGUAAAUAUAGAGGAUUUCUUAUUCUCUGCGGAAUACUUGUCUGCAACAAAUAAAGUAGAGUUUUUUGCUAAUAAACUCCAAGUUUCAUCUGAAACCAUCAAAACGGUUAGCGGAAAUACAAUUGGCCAAAGUCAGAAUGAAAACUGGCUAACCUAUAGAACAAACCGUCUGACAGCAAGUAAUUUUGGAGCUGUUUUGGCUGCUGUUCGUAGGCAAAGUUAUCCUCCAUCAUUGUUCAAACGCUUAACAGGAUUUUAUAAUAUAGGAGGCGUAACAGCUGUACAGUGGGGCAUAGCUCAUGAAUCGGAAGCACUUGCAACAUUUAGCAAUAUUACAAAAAAAUCUGUCACUCCAACAGGAUUAUGGUUGCAUAGCUGUGGAUUUCUCGGUGCCAGUCCAGAUGGUCUUGUGGAUGACAAUGCAAUUGUAGAAGUGAAGUGCCCCUAUAAAUUUCGUGAGAAAGAUAUACGGAAAGAACUUGAAGGUGAUAAAUCGUAUAUCAUUACCCUAAAUGAAAGUGACAUUUUUGUAAAUAGUGAUCAUGAAUAUUAUGACCAAAUACAAGGUACAUUAGAGUUAACUGGUCGAAGUGUUUGUUUCUUGGUGGUUUGGACUCCAAAAGACACCAUCAUUGUUCAAAUAAACAAGGACCUUAACUGGUCAAAAAAUGUAGACCUUUUGAAACAAUUUUAUAUGGACCAUUAUAUCCCACAAAUAUUAGAAAGUAUUUUUGUAGAAUAACUUGAUUUUUAUCUAAUAGAAUAGUUUUAAGUUUAAGUAAAUUUAUUUGUAAAUUAUGU